UGACAUUUAAAUGUGUCAUUCUGAUAUUGGUGUAAUGAUACAUAAACAUUAUCCAAAUUUAUUUAAGUAUUUGAGUUUAACAUUCAUUGGAACCAGUGCAGGAUGGGUUUAUUAUCAAAUAAAAAGGACUCAAGAUAUAUUAGAAACUGCAGUGGAUACUUCAGUUUUAAAAAUAAAAGGGGUAACUGUUCAACAGGAGGAAAAACAUAUAGAAGAAUUUUUUGAAGUUGAACCUUACUAUCCUUAUGAACAAAGUAGUACUCUGAGAAAUAUUUGGGAUACACUAAAAUUUGCUUAUGCCCGUAGACUGGUUAGAUUAGCUAAUAGUGACAACAAAAUAUUUAGAGUAAAGGCAAUAAAACAGUUAGCUCAAAUAAAGAACUUGGAUAAAUGGCACUGUGCCCUUCUCGCAAAUAUGAUUGACCCUCGAACUGCAGUAGCAUUAGCAAGAUCUGGUAGUGCAGACAAACGUCUGUUUAUGGAACCUCCUCUGAGAUAUCACAAUUAUAAUCGUGAUAUGAUCAUAAACGCGAUGAGAGAAUUUUUAAUCAGCUUAUUUGAAAAAUCUCAGCAUCUUUGUAUGGGAUAUUUUUUAUCUAAGGCUUUUGUUUAUGAACACGAUAAUUCGCACAUAGUCGAUCACGAUUCGUCUUCUCUAGAAUUAAGCAAGUUUAUACAGUCUGAAAACGAUGUAUUACCAAAAUGCUUGGAAUCUUUACUGCAUCAUUCAACUAUACAGAAGCAUGCCAAAGAUAUUGUUGAUUUAAACGGUUUACCAUUGUUAAUGGAAAUUCACAAUAGAUAUAAAGAUAACAUUAACAUUACAAUUAAAUUGUGCCAGAUUAUAUCAUAUAUGUCACAUGAUAGAAGCUUUCUUCAACCUAUGCAUAAGUCAGGUUGGAUAGGCAUAUUAUCAGAGUGGUUACACCAUGAAGAUAUAAGAGUAUCUAUACCAGCAGCACGAGCACUUGCAAAUCUAGAUGUAGAUAACGAUGCAAUUUUUUCACAACAUUUGUAUUUAUUGCAUCCAGUAACGAGGACAGUUAAAGAUCAAGAAUUAGAUGUUAUAUUUGUACAUGGAUUGCUUGGAGGUGUUUUUUAUACCUGGAGACAAAGAAAUAGCAGUUUCAAUACCUUGAGCAUCAUCGGUAAGAAAAAUAAAGAAGAAAGUAUUCUUCCUGACACUGAAACAUGUGACCGUGAACCAAUGACAAAAACUGUGAAAGGAUUUUUUAAAGACUUGAAAGAGAAAAUAGAACUUAACGAAAUGUGCAAAGAUUUUGAAAUAGUUUACGAUGAUAUUCCAGUAAAGACAAAUGUAAAUGCAGACGGGCCUUAUACUUGUAUGGGAGGGGAGUCCAUUGAAGAAUCAGAAGGAUACACUCACUGUUGGCCUAAGGACUGGUUACCAAAAGAUUGUCAAAAUUUGAGAAUUAUAGGAAUAAACUAUAAUACUAGUUUGUCAAUGUGGGCACCUAUCUGUCCUGCAGAAAAAGUUAAGUUUACAUUAGAAGAACGAAGCGAGGUCUUAUUGGAAAAGUUGUUAGCAGUUGGUGUUGGCACUAAACCCAUAGUCUGGAUUACACAUUCUAUGGGAGGUCUAAUAGUGAAAAGGAUGUUGUGCAAUG